AUGGCGCCGGCCAGGCCGGCCGCGAGGUGGGCAGCCGGGGGAGAUGGGACGCAGGGCGAAGGGGUUUCUCCCGUCGGACGCGCCAACAAGAGUGUGAGACGGAGGACUUGGUGGCCUAGCCACGCGCAGGCCUUCGCCGGCAGCGUACGCCAGGGACAAGGCUUUGCGUUCCGAAGAAAACUGAAGAUUCAGCAGAAUUACAAGAAAUUGCAGUGGAAGGAGAAGGCGGCUCAGAAAGUGCAGGACUCACAGUUCACAGACCGGUACCCAGAGCAUCUGAAGCAUCUCUACUUAGCUGAAGAGGAAAGGCUGAAGAAGAGGCCAAGGAAGGUCGAGCGGACGGUGUCAGAGGGCCCGGCUGCCCAUCCACCGCCUGAGGAGCAGGAGGGCACUGACCAGGCGUUGUCCGGCCACCAGCUGAAGACACAGCAGUCUAGCAAAACAGUCAACUCCAUUACUAAUUCAAAGAAAAAUAAAAAGAAAACAUCAAAUCAAAAGGCACAAGAGGAGUAUGAACGGAUACAAGCUGAGCGUGCUGCUAAGAAACAAGAGUUUGAAAGGAGAAAACAAGAAAGAGAAGCAGCUCAGCGGCUAUACAAGAAGAAGAAAAUGGAAACCUUCAAAAUACUGAGCAAAAAGACCAGGAAGGGUCAACCAAACCUGAACUUACAAAUGGAGUAUCUUCUUCAAAAAAUACAAGGAAAAAACUAAAUUAUGCAAUUGUCUUUCCUCAAAGAUUAAAAUAUUUGCUGACUGUAGUGGGACCUUUUACGUAGAAAGUGCUUUUGGACUAUUAGGUUAUUUUGUGUAUAAAACAUGUUAACACGUUUUUUUUUCUGUAUAUGUCCUGCAUAUUGUGACUUUCUUAUUCUCCCCUCUGGUCAGGGAAGCUGAAGAUCUGCAAAAACCCAUUUGGGAGAUGCUAUCCACACAUAUGCACUUCUGUACAUGUGAAAUAAAUUGUUUUACAAAAUAAAUGUUCAUUUAUUACUCA